AAAGUGAGAGAAACUUCCUUUGGGCGAUAUUACACCAUCAUGGCAAGCGAUAAACCAGUUUCAGUAAAUUUGGAUUAUCAAACUCCAGAUAACAGACAAUUUUCAUCUGAUGACAACCAGCAAUAUAGAAGCAAUAACCCUAUUCAAAGUCCAAGCGCAUAUGUUCCUAAUGAUAAGGAAUUUCAGUUUGUUGAAGCAACCUAUUCAAAUUCUACUACCACGUCAAGCACAAUAGAAAACCAAGGUAAUUAUAAAAUGACAGAGUCUAUAGGCUAUUUUGGAAAUAUGAAUCCAAAUACUUCAAAUACGAAAAGCAGGUCGUCUGCAUCAUCCUUUCUUGAAACGAAAGGUUUUGGUUGGCUUCUUGAAGUAGAUGAUGCUGAUGAGGAGCACCAAGUGCCACUUUUGGAAGAAUUAGAUAUUAAUCCCAAGGACAUAUUUUAUAAACUACGCUGCGUAUUGCUACCUUGGCCAAAGUUAGGUUACAAUACAGAAAUUGUUCGUGAUAGCCCCGAUUUUUGGGGCCCUUUAGUUGUAGUUCUCAUUUAUGCUCUGGUAUCAUUAUACGGACAAUUUCGGGUUGUUUCUUGGAUUAUUACUAUUUGGUUGUUUGGAUCAGUUUUAAUAUUCCUACUAGCCCGAGUUCUUGGAGCUAAUGUUACUUAUUCACAAUGUCUUGGUGUUAUUGGAUACUCUUUACUACCAUUAGUCUUAAUUGGAUUAGUUUUACCCUUUUUCUCUCAAAUGGUCUUUAUUGGAUUUCUGUUUAAGAUUUUGGGAGUUGCAUGGUGUACAUAUAGCGCAGGAUCUCUAUUAUGUGAAGAAAGCUUAUCUCAUAAACGAACUAUGUUACUCUAUCCGAUAUUUCUUCUAUAUAUUUAUCUACUCUCCCUUCACACUGGAGUUUAA